UGCCCCCGCCCCCCAGCUCCCGCCGCAAGAAAACAAACCAGGGGUUUUGUGAAUUCGGUCGAGUCUGGAAAAGGAACCCGUUGUAAACACGGCUAGCUGCGCUCAUGUUGUCUCAGGAGCGACAUUCACUAGAAGCGAUACCCUCUCUGUGAAUGCACCUGCUGGUCACAGCCAGGGCUUUUCCUGGUGGCGGUGGGGAGAAAAGCCCCAGACGCGUGCAAACCCGCUCCUGAAGGAAUUUCCCAGAAUUAGAGGAGGGCUGACGAUAUGAUUCCUGCUAUCCAGCACAGUGUUUUUCUGUACCUGGUCCUCUCCUGCCUUUACCCAUCCCAUGCAGCGCAGGGUUGCCUGAACAAACAGAAAGUCCUAACUGUCAUCCGACAAAUGCAACAGUUCUUAAAAGGACAAGAAACACAUUUUACUGAUGGAAUUCGAACGAUGAAAGCCAAGCUUUCAGCCUUACAGAUCUCUGUGACCAAACUGACAGCAGACCAACCCUCAGCAACGUGGUGUCCAUUGCUGGAGGCUCCUAAACAUGGCCAGAAGUUUGGCUCCAGGUACAGCGCAGAUCAUGAGGUGCACUUUGUCUGUCAGCCCGGCUACCAGCUCAUCGGCUCCAGUACCAGAGUUUGUCAGCAGAAUGGGCGCUGGUCGGGAGUGAAUGCUAGCUGCACAGAAAUUAACGAAUGCGCCAGUAAUCCCUGUCAGAACGGAGGGCUUUGUGUGGAUGCUGUGAAUCAAUAUACAUGUACUUGCAUAAACAGCUGGAUGGGGCGCCACUGUCAAUAUUCGGGACAGACAGAAUGGAGUGACCUGUCCUUCAGUCGGAAACCCCACUGUGCAGAGGUGGAGAGGACCCAACACUGCAGCUGUGAUGCUGGCUUCCAUAUGAGUGGGAGCAAUGAGAACAGCGUGUGCCAAGAUGUGAAUGAGUGUGAGGUUUUCCAACUGGAGGGGAUUGCCAGACUCUGCAUGUACAACUGCAUUAACAUCCCUGGGUCUUAUCGCUGUACCUGUCCUCCUGCGUACAAACUUCUCAAUGACGGAAGGAGCUGUUCUGAUGUAGACGAGUGUGCAACAUUGCAACACAACUGCACAGCAGGAGAGACUUGUAUCAACACAGGAGGAGGAUUUCAAUGUGUUAACCCACAGUGCCCGGAGCCACGUGGGAAUAUCAGCUAUGUCAAAACAUCACCCUUUCAGUGUGAACGUCACCCGUGCCCUAUGAAUAGCAAAUCCUGCCAUCAUGCGGCAAAGACCAUCUCCUUCCAUUAUCUGUCAUUACCCUCAAAACUGAAAACUCCAGUCACCCUGUUCCGUAUGGCUACAGCAGCUGCUCCUGGAAGGCCUGGGCCCGACAAUCUGCGUUUCGGCAUCAUAGGAAAGAACAACCAAGGGCAGUUUGUAGUCCAGCGAUCUGAUAGACAAACUGGUGAGCUCAUACUUGUUCAGCCUUUGAAAGGCCCCUGCACUGUAGAAGUGGAUGUGGACAUGUCCGAAUACCGUGACCGCACUUUCCAGUCCAAGCAUGUGUCAAAGGUCACACUUUUCAUUUCAGCCAAUGGAUUUUGAGAAAAUACUCAGGGACCCCGAAUUUUCAGCUCACGGGAUUUGUUUGAAUUGUGACUUUUAUUAUGGGAGAUUAUGGAUCAGAGAAAGCUACAGUAUCUGAGUCCAAAUGCCACAAUAUAAUGAUCAGAACAUGUUACAUUGUCAGUUACUCUUCAAUUGUAUAUUCACAGUUGCGUUAGGCUCAGCUGGAGUCUUUGAGACUCUACUGAACCCUGUCAUUGUACAUAGCCCAAAUCUUUUGGUAUUUGUGUAGCUGUCCCUGUUUGCCAUACCAUUUGCCAAUGCUUGUUUGUCAUAAUCUCUGAUUUUUCCCCAUUUUACACUACAUCUCCUGUUUCCUAUUCACUGUUAAAAGUCAUAUCUCCCGUGCAAUCUCCAUCAAUUAAUUAGAAUAUUUCCUGAAAGGAAAUGGGGACAUCAGACUCGACAUUAUUUGCAACAACCAAUCACUGAAGAAAACCAAAUCCUAGCCUCCUAUUUACUCAAUAUUUAAGUGGGAAUAUGACAUUGAGAUAGAGGAUCAGCCAUAAUCAUAUUGAAUGAUGGAGCAGGCUGGAAGGGUCAAAAUGGAUACACCUGCUUCUAGUUUCAAUGUUUACUCCUAUCCCUCAUAGACAGCACCGAUAAAUUGAAUUCUCAUUAAUGUUGGGCUGUCUGGUACAAACAAGUUAAUGUAUUAUUGAGUACUCUAUAACACAAUGCAGUGUUUACUCUACAUCAGGCACAUAGUAAAAGCAGUGAGGUACAAUGAGAAAUAUCAUCAUGACUUCCUAACAAAGUGUGUUCUUUGCCUUGAUGCCCAUAGAAAAUUGACCCAUUGACCAUCAUGAAAUUGCCUGAAUUUGUUGGAACAGUAUAACAACAUACAUGAUCCGAUGCUGUUAGUUUAUUUUUGCCAUGUCUUCAGGAGCAGACGCCUGGGAAAUGUUAUCAUUGGGUUUAUAGAAGUGCACUGGAAGUUCUAAGAUGGUUUCUUGUGGAAAUUCUUUAUUCCAGGCAUUGUUUUACUGAUUGUUCCAAUAAAAAUAUUUCACACUGCACUCGGUGUCGUGCUGAUGGUUGCAAAUUACACACUUUCGGUUGCAGAUGAUUUUUUUCUCUUUGUGUCGCUGCAGUCACCUCUUUAAUAUAAAGUACAGAGACUGGGGAUUGGUGAACAUUGUUGGAAAAUUGGCCAUUGAUAUGAUAAUUGAUAGGAUAAUCCCUAGGAGAUCAGUGAAGGCACUAUGCCAAGAGGGGAAAACAGCAUCAAAUAGCAAAUGAUGUGAACCUCGAUUUCCCUCCUGUCCAGAACUGUGUCGCCAGCAGCGAACGAUUAAUCAACAGGAUUGCAUCAGGCUGGCCAGGAGAAAAUGCAUUAAGUAAAAUUGUUUUUUUUCAUAUUAUCACACACUUCUAUUGUUCAUUGGAAAAAUAUGGGAGGCAAGGAUCAUUGUAUUGAGUGAUGAGGAAUCCGUUUUCUUGCCAUUGAGAAAAUUGAAUAUACUGAGGGCAAGCGUACUAGGAGUAUGGUGAGACAGGGCAUUUGGAACUGGGAAACAUAGAAACAAAGAAGAUAGGAGCAGGAGGAGGCCAUUCAGCCCUUCGAGCCUGCUCCACCAUUCUUCAUGAUCACUGGUGAUCAUCCAACUCAAAAGCCUAAUCUUGUUUUCACCCUGUAACCUUUGAUCCCAUUCGCCCAAGUGCUAUAUCUAGUUGCCUCUUGAAUACCAUCAAUGUUUUGGCAUCACCUACUGUGGUCAUGAAUUCCACAGGCUCACCACUCUUUGGGUGAAGAAAAGCUCUCUCAUCUUUGUCCUAAAUGUUCUUCCCUGAAUUCUUGUACUGUGACCCACAGCCACCAUCAGGAACUUCCUCCUUGCAUCUACCCUGUCCAGUCAUGUUAGAAUUUUAUAAGUCUGUAUGAAAUCCUCCAUCAUUCAUCUGAACUCCAGCAAAAACAAUCCCAACCUAGUCAAUCUCUCCUUAUCCGUCAGUCCCACCAUCCCUGGAAUCAG